UUGAAAUAAAACCAGUAGGUCAAUGAUGGCAAAACGAAAGAUGUUGAUUUGCUGUCAUCAUGAUAUAUAACUUUAUUAAUUUCUUUUCAUUUCAGGCUGUAGAGAGAAUUAACUGCCAAUUCAUGAAGACAUUUGCCAAGUUAAUUCGAAACAUCGUCACAUCCUGGGACACAUUCUUUUUCAGCAUUGCUGUUAUUGACAAGAGCCCGGGGAAAGCCUGCCGAUCAGAAAGCAUCAAGCUUUUCUACAUGCUAGCGAAAUUCGAUAUGACAGAGCUCGCUAAGAACAUAGAAAAGCAGAAGAAGCAGAUGGAGUUAGCGCUUUCAGACCCUCAGAUGAAUGGUUCUUGGAAAGGUGCCCAGCUAGCUGGAAACAGCUUCAAACUGAAAAACUUGAAAUUUGAAGAACUCUCAUUCACAGAAUCUAAUGACAUCCCUGGCAAUGAAAGGGAACAUUUAGAGACUGUAGAAGGGAUUCUUGAUGAUAGUUUCGAAUACGUCCCUAAACAAACAAGUGACCCUAAGUACUAUCAUCCUAAGAAACGCAGCUCUUAUGUGGCUAAUGAUGCGACAUUAAAUGAAGAGCAAUGUGUUGUUGAAAAUUUGGUGGAAGCGCCAAAGGGGUCGCAUGCACCUGACCAAGUGAACAGUGUAAAACUUCAGGCUGCCUUGAAUAGCAUCAAUGCUGCUACGGCAGAAAUGCCACUGCAGCGCAACUUUACUUCUAACAUGUUACUUGACAGCUCUUUUGGGGAGAAUAAAGUUUUAAUUGAAGCUGAUAGGCCACUUCUUAACCUCGAUAAUGCCUGUCUUUCUCUGAGCCCCACGGUCAUCUUAAAAAGAGCUUCUGGUAGUUUAGAAAAUCCUUUUGAUAAGAGUUCUUCAGUCGACGUAACUCUCAGUCGGGGAUUGAAAAGAAAACGAAACGAGCCGCUGGGUGACGUUACAAACGACUUGAAUUCUCUAAAAAGUGCUUCUUAUGUUGGAAAUAUCGACUGUUAUAACCAGACUUUGAAGAAGAUUAAACUGAGUAGGGAGGUAGAAAAUGCCUUCGUUUACCCAAAUGCAGUCAAAAAUAACUCUGUUGAGGAAAAAAGGUUUAAAGGUCUGAAAAGGCUAGGAAGACGGUUGAAAACAAUGAAAUUACAACUCAUUAAAGGAUUAAGGGAUAGUAAAAGAAAUAAUACAGUGUUUCCAAUUUAA